AUCAAAAAUUGAUGUCUUUUCUUUUUUAAUCCAGUGCAAAGAAGUUUUCCAAUUUUCGAUUUACAAUUUACUAGCUGCAUGUUAGUUUAGAAAUAAAAGAUGUGGGACGUUGUUAAUAAACAAAUAAUGUCUUCCAGAGACGAAAGUGAAAAAUUAUACAUGACGACGAACAAAAUGUCAGUACCACCACGCUACACUGAACGACAAAAUUGGAUACCCAGAACCGAAGCAGACUACAAUGAUGGUGGUGCUUAUCCAGAAAUUCAUGUUGCCCAAUAUCCACUUGAUUUGGGACUCAAUAAUCAAUUACAGAAAAAAGACAACACCUUGGGAUUUCAAUUAGAUGAGAAUGGCAAAACAGACUACGAUGUUAUCGCCAAGCAUGAUCAUGCACCCAAUAAAAUUGUCUAUUCAAAUAUUUCACAACUUCUACCUGAUGUCUUGAGCGAAGGUAAAGACUUGCAAAAGCCAAAUGCCGAAACCCAGGAAGAAACAACAGAAGCCACUCGACGUGCAUUAGAAAAGUUAACUAGUCAAAAGAUUAACGCAGCGAUGCCAUGUAGACAAGUGGGCAAAGCCAACAAUGCCCAAUGGCUAAGGUUUACCUCGGUCCAGCAGGGACAUGAGUUCAAUUCGGGUGCCAAACAACGAGUUAUCAAAAUGGUAGAGGCCCAAGUGGAUCCAAUGGAACCUCCCAAAUUCAAAGUAAGCAAAAAGAUACCUCGCGGACCGCCAUCUCCGCCCGCGCCAGUGCUGCAUUCACCAUCUCGCAAAGUCAGUAUGAAGGAACAAAAAGAGUGGAAAGUUCCACCUUGCAUUUCGAAUUGGAAGAACGCCAAGGGUUAUACUAUUCCUUUGGACAAGAGGUUAGCAGCCGAUGGUCGGGGGUUACAGCAGCUUCAUAUCAAUGAGAAGUUUGCAAAAAUGGCUGAAGCGUUGUAUAUAGCCGAUAGGAAGGCUCGAGAAGCUGUGGAAGCUCGGGCACAGCUUGAGAAGAGAUUGGCUCAGAAGGAGAAGGAUAAGAAGGAGGAUAUGUUGCGUGUAAUGGCGCAGAGAGCUCGUGAGGAGAGAGCUGGUCUCCGUUUGCCUGAAGAAGACAACUACGAAAUGAAGCAACGUGAUGAAUUGCGAGGGGAAAGACAUAGAGAUCGUACAAGAGAAAAGAAUCUGGGUCGUGCUGGUCCAGAUAAGCGAUUGCGACUCCAACGUGAACGAGAGCGUGAUAUAACCGAAUUGAUUGCUCUUGGCAAAUCAGCCAAAGUUGCAUCGAAUAACGAAGCACAAUUCGAUCAGAGAUUGUUUAAUAAAACUAAAGGAAUGGAUUCUGGAUUUGCUGAUGAUGAAGCUUACAAUGUUUAUGAUAAACCAUGGCGUGAUUCAACAUCGCUGGCAUCACAUUUACAUAGACCCAAGAAAGACAUGGAUUCGGAUACAUAUGGAAUGGAAUAUAAUAAACUAAUUGCCACUAAUAAAUUUGUUCCCGAUAAAGAAUUCUCAGGUGUGGAGAGAUCAACAGAAAAGAAUGUGAGACGUGCUCCAGUUCAGUUUGAGAAAGAAGAUGAUCCCUUUGGUUUGGAUCAGUUUCUUAAUAUGGCUAAAAAGGCUACAAAGAGAAAUGACAAUGAAGAGCAAUUCUUUGAUAGUAAGCGAAACAAAUUAGGUUAGAAAUUAGUUUGAAAAAAAAAGAAAAAAUUAUUAUGUACGUUUGCUUAUGAAAAUUUAAAUAAAAACAAAAAUUGGAACUUGUAUAUUCCAAUGGGUAGAUUUAUUAAA